AAGUGCCGGUUCUUCUUCGUGGGAGGAGGAGUUUGUUGCUUAGUGCCACGUUGAUGGAGCCCAGUGGGGACGUGGAGCUCUGAGUCUGCAGCCGGGACCCGGUGAGCCUCUUCCCCGGUCUUUACCAGCCGCUAAUCCCCGAGAAGGGCCGAGCCGAGCAGAGGCCACCUGUCCGCGGCGGAGCACUGUUUGUAUGCGUCUGUCACCGUGAGGACGAGCAGAGACGGAAGGAUGAAGCUCAAAGAGAUCAAUCGGACGGCCAUCCAGAGCUGGAGUCCUUCACAACACCACCCGGUCUACCUGGCUACAGGAACCUCUGCUCAGCAGCUGGAUGCCUCCUUCAACACUCAGGCCUCUCUGGAGUUUUUCCUGCUGGAUUUGUCGGAUCCCAGUCUGGAGAUGAAAUCCUGCUGCAGCUUCUCGUCUCCUCACAGGUACCACAAGCUGGUGUGGGGCCCCCAUGGGAUGGAGGGCGGGGGGACGGCGUCCGGCGUGCUGAUCGCCGGCGGCGAGAACGGGAACGUGAUCCUGUACGACGCCGCCAAGAUCCUGGAGGGACGCAGCGACGUGGUGAUCGCCCAGAGCGAGCGGCACAGCGGGCUGAGGGCGCUGGACAUCAACCCUUUCCAGGUGAACCUCGUGGCUUCGGGGGGAAACGAGUCUGAGAUCUACAUCUGGGACAUGAACAACUUCGGCUCUCCGAUGACCCCGGGGCCUAAAACUCAGCCUCCGGAGGACAUCAGCUGCGUCUCCUGGAACCGGCAGGUGCAGCACAUCCUGGCGUCGGCCAGCCCCGGCGGCCGGGCGUCGGUCUGGGACCUGCGGAAGAACGACCUGAUCAUCAAAGUCAGCGACCACAGCAACCGGAUGCGCUGCUCCGGCCUGGCCUGGAACCCCGAGGUGGCCACGCAGCUGGUCGUGGCGUCGGAGGACGACCGGAUGCCCGUCAUCCAGAUGUGGGACCUCCGCUUCGCCACCUCUCCGCUCAAGAUCCUGGAGCACCACACCCGCGGCGUCCUGUCCGUCGCCUGGAGCCUGGCCGACCCGGAGCUGCUGCUCAGCUGCGGCAAGGACAACCGGAUCCUGUGCUGGAACCCCGGCACGGCGGAGGUGCUGUACGAGCUGCCCACCAGCAGCCAGUGGUGUUUCGACAUCCAGUGGUGCCCGAGGAACCCGGCGGUGCUGUCGGUCGCCGGCUUCGACGGACACAUCGACCUCUACUCCAUCAUGGGCGGCAGCAGCCUGGCGCAGAGCCAGAGGCACGCCGACCAGAUCAGCACCUCCUUCGGGAACCUGGAUCCGUUCGGGACGGGCCAGUCGCUGCCGCCCCUGCAGCUGCCCCAGGCCGCGGCCCCCCCGGCGGCCGCCGGCCCCCUGAAGAAGCCCCCGAAGUGGAUCCGCAGACCCGUGGGGGCCUCGUUCGGCUUUGGAGGCAGGCUGGUGUCCUUCGGCGGCUCGGCGCCGGACCCCCAGCGGCCCGCCGACCGCGUGGCGCACGUCAGCCAGGUGGUGACGGAGACGGCGUUCCUGCGGCGCUCGGACCGGCUGCAGGAGACGCUGAGCUCCGGGGCCUUCGUGGACUUCUGCCAGGACAAGAUCCAGUCCGCCGAGAACCAGUUCCAGAAGACCGUCUGGUCCUUCCUGAAGGCAAACUUUGAGAGCGACGUCCGCAGCAGAUACCUGGAGCUUCUGGGAUACAACAGGGAGGAGCUCGCUCUCAAGAUCACAGCAGCGCUCGAGGAGAAACCAGCCGAGCCUCCACAGGUGGAGGUGCCGGCUCCUCCUCCGGCCGCCGCCGCUGCUCCUCCGGCCGCCGCCGCUCCUCCUCCGGCCGCCGCCGCUCCUCCGCCGCAGUUACCAGACCUCAGCUUUCUGCCGCCCGCCGACACUCCGGAGGCGGCGUUCGACCUGAUCGCCGCCUCAAACUCUGAAGCGGCCGCCACCCUCGACCUGAACUCCACUCCUGAGGCGGAGGCCGAAGAGCUGACGGCGGCGGAUCCUGAAGACGAGGCCGUGUCCGGAGCGGCAGACGUUCACGUGGAGCAGCUUCCUCCAGAGGACGGAGAUGAGAAAGAAGAGCAGGCUGAAGAGGAAGAAGAGGAGCAGCAGCUGGAGGAGGAACAGGAGGAGGAGGAGGACAUUCCAUUAGAUGAGGAAACGGCUGCACCCACAGAAGACGAGCCGAACCCUCUGGAGACCACGGCUCUGCCUGAAGCCUCGGCCCUGUUGGAGGUCGCGCCUCCGGAUGAUGGCCCAACUCCGGCUGAGGACUCGGCUCCGGCAGAGUCUUCAGCUCUGUUUGAGGACCCAACUCCGGCAGAGGCCUCGGCUCUUUUUGAAGUCCCGGCUCCGGCUGAGGCCUCGGCUCUUUUUGAAGUCCCGGCUCCGGCUGAGGCCUCGGCUCUUUUUGAAGUCCCGGCUCCGGCUGAGGCCUCGGCUCUUUUUGAAGUCCCUGCUCCGGCUGACGCUUCGGCACUCUUCGAGGUCCCGGCUCCAGCUGACGCCUCGGCACUCUUCGAGGUCCCGGCUCCGGCUGACGCCUCGGCGCUCUUCGAGGUCCCGGCUCCAGCUGACGCCUCGGCGCUCUUCGAGGUCCCGGCUCCGGCUGACGCCUCGGCUCUGUUCGACAUCCCCACUCCUGGUUUGGACGUCCCGACCCCCAUUGAGGUCCCACCUCCAGUUCCAACCCCUGCAGGAGGCGUCAGUCUCAGCAUCAGUCAAGAUGUGGACGGACUCAUCACGCAGGCUCUGCUCACCGGAGACUUCGAGGGAGCCGUGGAGCUCUGUCUCCAUGACAACCGCAUGGCGGACAGCCUCAUCCUGGCCUUCGCCGGCGGAGCCGAGCUCCUCAAGAAAACCCAGAAGAAGUAUUUCACAAAGACUCACAGCAAGAUCACCAAGCUGAUCAGCGCCGUGGUGAUGAAGGACUGGCACGACGUCCUGAAGACCUGCGACCUGCACAACUGGAAGGAAGCUCUGGCCGCUGUCAUGACCUACGCCCAGCCCGAGGAGUUCUCCUCCCUCUGCGACCUCCUCGGGGGCCGACUGGAGGCCUCGCUGGACCGGCUGCAGUCCCAGGCCUGUCUCUGCUACAUCUGUGCUGGAAACGUGGAGAAGCUGGUUUCCUGCUGGAGCAGAUCGCAGGACGGACACUCGCCUCUGUCCCUGCAGGACCUGGUGGAGAAGGUGGUGGUCCUGCGCCGUGCGGUGGAGCUCACCCAGAACUCCGGUCCCACCGCCAUCGGCGUCCUGCUGGCUGAGAAGAUGAGCCACUACGCCAGCCUGCUGGCGUCCCAGGGCAGCCUGUCCACCGCCAUCGCAUACCUGCCCGACAACACAGACCAGGUGUCUGUCCAGCAGCUCCGUGAGCGUCUCAGUCGGGCGUUGGACCAGCAGCCCUCGGCUCCGGUCCAACCCCCCCAGGCCGCCGCCCCCCGAGGACCUCAGCAGGCCUUCACUCCCAUCCAGCCCCCCACGCUGCCUCAGGCCCCCAUGGCGGCUCCGGUGGGGGCCCCGCACCGGGCCCUGCCCCCCCUCAGCCUCAGUAUUACCAGCCGGUACGUGAGGGCUGCCUCCACUGUCACCUCCUGGAGUAACCAAACCCCCACAGCUCUCCCUCAUGUCCUUCCUCCUCCUCCGAGCUCCUCUGAGCAGCAGGUGGAGAACUCUACCUCCAUGUACGGGAUGCCGGCCCCGGGUCCAGCCGCUCCUCCUCCGGCCUCCUCGGCUCCGGCCUACAUGAUCUCCCACCAGCACCAGCCUUACAGCCACCUCCCCCCUGGAGCUGCAGCGGGAGCUGGGCCUGGGGGGGCCCCCCUCUAUCAGCCUCUCCACUUCUCCUCCUCUGCUCCUCUUCCUCCUGCUCCGGUGGAGCCUUCGUCCCCUCCUCCUCCUCCUCCCGGCUUCCUCUCUCACUACACCUCUCAGCCGGCCCCGCCCCUCUACCCCGGGCAGCCGCCCGCCCUCAGCCAGUGCCCCACCUCCCCCCCUCCCUCUCACCCGCCUUUCUUCUACCCCUCCUGCUCUUCGUCCUCCUCCUCCUCUUCGUUUCCCGCUCCUCCGUCGUCCGGAGCGUCUUUCCAGCACGGCGGUCCGGGAUCUCCUGUGUCCUACCUGCCGUCUCCUCCUGCCGCCGGCGGAGUCUCAGGACCUCAGAACGGCUGGAACGACCCUCCUGCUUUGACCCGGGCACCAAAGAAGAAGCAGGUACCUCAGAACUACGCCCCCCCGGCCCCCAUCACCGCCCCCAUCAUGACCCCCCUGGGCGGAGACCCCCAGCAGCAGGUGGCGCCCCCCGGAGUGCAGGGUCCACCCGGUGCUCAGGUGCCGUACUCGGGCCUGCAGCAGCAGCCGCUGUCCCCCCCGCCCCUGAACCCCGCCGCGCCCAAGAGCGCCACUGAGGGUCCGCCGGGCGCGCCGACCGGGGACGUGAUCCAGCCGCCGCGGAACGUCCCGGCCGAGAAGAUGGCCAAGAAGCCCAUCCCGGACGAGCACCUGGUCCUGAAGACCACCUUCGAGGGUCUGAUCCACAAGUGUCUGGCCGUGGCGUCGGACCCGCAAACCAAGAGGAAGCUGGACGACGCCAACAAGCGUCUGGAGGCGCUUUACGACAAGCUGAGAGAGCAGACGCUGUCACCCGCCAUCGUCGGGGGGCUUCACAACAUGGCGAGGAGCGUGGAGGCGCGCCGCUACACCGACGGGCUCAGCAUCCACACACACAUCGUCAGCAGCAGCAACUUCAGCGAGACGUCGGCCUUCAUGCCCGUCCUCAAGGUGGUGCUGACGCAGGCCAACAAGCUGGGGGUGUGACGGGCGGGGGGGUCCGGGGGUCCCCACGCCCCGCCCGGGGGAGGGCGCUAACGAGCUCCUCUUCCUGAACAGAAGCCAUGCAGACACGUAGAAAAGGGCUAAAAUCAAACACACCACCACCCAGUACUCCACCCACCACUCCUCCCCCUCCUCCUGCUGCUCUGUCACUAACAGAAUUCAAUAUAAAACUGGAAACUUUCAUCAUGUCUGCAAAAACCAAACCUUAAAGGUGCAGGACGUCUUCUUUUGUAAUGUAAUUUUUAAAAACAAGCAGAUAAACGGCCGUAGUGUGACGGUUUCAGCUCCCAGCGCCAUUCUGUACAGCCUCAGGCUCCGUUUCCACGGCAACGUGUGAAGCGGAAACUCUUCGUUUCAGAAAAGGUUCCCGUUCUGUGACGACGCCCGUUUCCACGGAAACGGCAGAAACAGUGUAACGGUGUCAGUGAGCGUGCUGGGCCACCAGAUGGCGCUGUUGGUUGUUUUCGUAAUAACAGGCAACGUUUCCAUGGAGACGUUUCCAGACGGUUCCACCCUGGGACCUAUCGAUCUAAAGCCAGGUUUACACUUGCACGACUUUUGGCGUGCCAAUCUGGAGUCACGAGCUGGCUCCCGCACUGUUCACGACCAGUUCACGAACUGGCACGACGCAUUCACACAUAGUUUGCGCAUAGUUUACGUGCUUCCCGCAUUGGCACGACGUGGUUGCGCAAUUCGGCACGUCAUAUAAAAAGGGGGCUUCCCCAACCCCGGGCCGUGGCUGUAGAGCCGGGAUUUCUGGCUCGUUGAAGGGAGACGCAGAUGUUGAAAUCUACUCCAAAACACCGUCUCCGCUCUGGUUUCGAGACACUCCUCCGCUGGUUAGCUGCUGCGUUCAGGUGACUGGAGCGAGCGGCGAAAAACUGAGACACGUGAAGGAAGCGUGGAUGAUUUGUACAAAGGAACGGCUCUCAGACAGCUGUGAUCCGGCUCUCGUCGUUCACUUAAAAGAGCCGUUCAAGCGAACGGCUCGUUCAUUGAACGUCACGACUGGCAGCGUCCUCCCGCAUUGUCCCGACACGUUCACGACGAGUUCACGAACAGUUGGCGCAUAGUUCACGGCCCGGUCGCGAUAUUUUGUCGUGCCCACAAUUUUGAACAUUUCAAAAUUCUCGUCCCGACAUGGCACGCAGUCACGACGGGUUUACGCACGCUUCACGCCAC